AUGUCGUCGUAUCAAAUAGUGUAUGGUAAAACUUGUCAUUUGCCUCUUGAACUGGAGCAUCGAGCAUUUUGGGCCACAAAGUACUUGAAUUUUUACAUGGUCAAGGCAGGCGAAUUGAUAAUUCUUCAGCUUCACGAGUUAGAGGAGUUCCAGAAUUCUGCAUAUGAAAACAUCAAGAUAUAUAAAGAAAAAACCAAGAAGUGGCAUGUCAGAAAAAUUAAAUUCAAGGAGUUCCAAGAAGGAGAGCUAGUUCUUCUCUUCACCUCAAGAUUGAAGUUGUGUUCAGGAAAACUAAAGUCAAGAUGGUUGGGCCCUUUCAAAAUCACCAAGGUAUUUCCAUAUGGUGUUGUGGAGUUGAAAGACACACACUCAAACCGGAACUUCAAAGUGAAUGGACAAAGACUCAAACCCUACUUAGGGGGAGAGUCAAAACUUUCGAUGGAGUCCAUCAACCUGAUCACCACUUGA